UCGUGUAGCGGAAUUAUAGUUACAGUUGGCAGCACUGACAGGACAACAACAACACACGCCGCCGAGGGCCGAGCAGCCCAGUCGCCCCAUGGACACAGCCAUUGCCCGUCUGAGGAUUGGACACACCCGCCUCAACGCCCACCUGCACAGACUGAACAUAGUCCAUGACCCACACUGCCCAUGGUGCCCCACACAACCUGACACACCAGAACACCUCCUCCACUGCCCAAGAUUCCACUCCCUCCGCACCACCCUCAAAGCAUUCUUAACCAGUCUCCGUAUUCACUGGCCAACCCGAGAGGACCUGCUGGGCAGCGACGCCCUCAGCCCCAACACUGCCUUCCACGCUCUCAGGUGCACGCAAACCUUCCUGCAGAAGUCGGGGCAACUCGACAGGAUCUAACUCCCGCCCUGGUGACAGGACGGCCAACACAAUAAACAACUCCUGAUAACAACUACCACUGACGGGGCUCUAGAGGCUGGGGCCCACAGCCUAACUAGCCCCAUAAAACACCCACGAAGAAGAAGAAGAAGCAUCCCUGCUGGCCCUGCCCAACGAAGGCUCUACACCCACGGGCCAGCGACACCCUCAGCACCAACACUGCCUUCCAAACCCUCAAGCGUACACAGACCUUCCUGCAGUAGUCCAGGCAGCUUGACAGGAUCUAGCCCUAGCUCUAAGGACAUAACAAUAACGACUGCCUCAAGCAACCUGUUCUGCUAGGACUAUAGAGGCUGUGGUCCCAUGGCCUAACCAGCCCCCUGAAACACUGAGGUAUAUACCUGAAGAGGCAACCACCCCCUAAAACACUGCCAGGAGGACAACAAACACCAUCUGCCUGCUGCCAUUACUGCUACUAGCCUACGACUACGCUUCCUGUUCACCACACUGACGACCCCAGCGCAGCAACAACAGCUUCCUGCAGGUGUGGAGGAAAGAGAACGAGGACAGCAACAACACACUCAGCCGCCACAAAGGUUCCAGACUGGAUAAAUGUUCUUGGACAUGUCAAAACUAAAUUUAUGCCAAUAAUAUAACCAUAAAAGGAAGAGAGAUAAGGAAAACUGGUAAUAGUAUCGGCCUAAUAACUGAAAACAUCUUGUGAAAUUCCAAACUCAAGAUUGAAAGAUGGGAGCCAUGGAAUAGAGAUAGGUAAGCUCACCUGCACAAGACAGGCUGCCCACCACGCCGGUGUGUGGAGGAAAAGAGAACAAGGACAACAGCAACAUACUCCAAGACUACCGCCGCAAAGAUUAAGGCGCCUUCCUCUGCAAGACAGGCCGCCCACCACGCCGGUGUGUGGAGGAUAAGAGAACGAGGACAACAACACAUUCCAAGACUGCCGCCGCAAAGGUUAGGGCCGCUUCACCUGCAGGGCUGGACAGCAGCUUGAGUGGCCAGGACAGUCAGGAGCAGACUGCUGUAGGGAGCAGGAGGGUCAGAGGUCAUCAGGUAAAACAACUUGCUGCUCGCAACUCCAGCAACAAAGAAGAGAGAAAGUUUGUUUUUCUAGAGUGUGGAAAAGAAUUCACCUCAAAGGAAGACCUCAGAUAUCACACCCUUACAAACACUGGUGUGAAGAACUAUGAAUGUAAAGAAUGUGGGAAAAAAUUCAUCCAGAAGAGUCACCUUAAUACACACACCCUUACACACACUGGUGUAAAGAACUAUGAAUGUAAGGAAUGUGGGAAAAAAUUCAGCCUGAAGAAUCACCUUGAUAGACACACCCUUACACACACUGGUGUAAAGAACUAUGAAUGUAAGGAAUGUGGAAAAAAAUUCAUCUGUAAAAGUCACCUUGAUAAAUACCCUUACACACACUGGUGUAAAGAACUAUGAAUGUAAGGAAUGUGGGAAAAAAUUCAUCAGCAAUUAUGACCUUGAUAGACACACCCUUACACACACUGGUGUGAAGAACUAUAAAUGUAAGGAAUGUGGGAAAAAAUUUAGCCUGAAGGGUUCCCUUGAUAGACACACACUGGUGUGAAGAACUUUGAAUGUAAGGAAUGUGGGAAAAAAUUCAGCCUGAAGAGUCACCUUGAUACACACACCAUUACACACACUGGUGUGAAGAACUGUGAAUGUAAGGAAUGUGGGAAAAAAUUCGGCCUGAAGAGUCACCUUGAUAGACACACCCUUACACACACUGGUGUAAAGAACUAUGAAUGUAAGGAAUGUGGGAAAAAGUUCAGCCGGAAGAGUCACCUUGAUAGACACACCCUUAUACACACUGGUGUAAAGAACUGUGAAAAGAACUAUGAAUGUAAGGAAUGUGGGAAAAAAUUCAUUCAUAAGAGUCACCUUGAUACCCACACCCUUACACACACUGGUGUGAAGAACUAUGAAUGCAAGGAAUGUGGGAAAAAAUUCAUCCAGAAAAGUCACCUCAAAAUACACACCCUUACACAUACUGGUGUAAAAAGUCAUGCAUGUGAAGAGUGCGGGAAGAGGUUCAGCAUGAAGUGGACACUCAACCAACAUGUAUUCAGGCACUAUGGCCUUAGAGAGUUCAAGUGUGAUAUUUGUGAAAAGCUCUUUAAGACAAAGGGUGACAUUGCCAGGCACAUGAAGAUCCACUUUUGAAGUGUGUCUGCCUACAGUAGUUAUAGUGAUCAGGGUGUUAGCAGGAGCUGAGCCUGAUAGAGAAAGCUGUGGUAGCUGCGCCUGGAGCCUGGUUGAGUCUCACAGCUACAGUGAAGUACUUACUCCUCUGUGAGCAAAAGAAUCAAUACCUAAGAGUGGUGUUCUUCACCCAAGAGAACGAUACCACAGAUGCAAGUGCUUCCAACACCUCUCUGGCCAUUGAACUGCCCUGCCUCAGAAGUGCCUAAGACGAGCUUCAAAAUGUGUCCUGUGUUGUGGAGCGGCUGCAGUGGUCUGGUGAUUAGGGGCCCAGGCUGCUGAUUGGAGGGGCGACAGUUUGCACCUCUCCCCAGGCAGCUGUUGGUGGGAUUGGUCAGCCCUGGCCUGUACUGGGCUGCCUGACAAUGAUGCUUCGUCCCCCUUGCUUGGGCUGUGUCCCCAACAAACAGUGAAGAAGGUGUGCUGGUCUGUGCCUCCCUCACCCUGCUGCCUCCAUGCUGACUGAGAGAGAAGCAGAUGGUCCGUGCAGUGAUACGAGGCCACAGAGGUGACAGCAUCAGGAAGGUUGUUGCUGCUGCACACACUGUCGGAGGCAGGGUGUGCUGGUCUGUGACUCUGUGUUCUCGCCUUGACUGGCUCUGAGUGGCUGUGGCAGUACAGUUUCCCGACGUUCCUCGCAAAGGGUUCUUCAGCCACGAGAAGCUGGAGGAGAUGAAGGCACACCGGGCAAUGCUUCAGAGUGCCCCCACCGCCGUCAGUAAUCCAACAGCCAUCGGGGAGUAGAGUCACAGCCGCCAGCCGCCAAUGUACACACACUAAAAAAACUAUCGUUUCAGUGGGGUCCGACGAAUUUCACACUGAGCAACCCGGUUACCUCGGUGGGGUUGGUAAAAAUGUGAUCACCCCCACCACCUCACCUCUGCUGGGGGGAGCAGGACAGGACCCCCGUAAGGGAGGGAUAGAGAGGAUAACAAUCCUGAGGACUGUCCAGUGUGCCUGACAGGCUUUGAUGACUUAAUGCAGCGGCCACACACUAUGCCUUGUGGCCACACUGUCUGCACGCUGUGCAUAGAUAAGCUGAAGGAGCAGGGACAUGUUACCUGUCCAGAGUGCCGCGUCAGCCAUGCGGUGCCCAAGGGAGGGCACUUUCCUGUCUGCUAUACUCUUGAGGCAGUCUUAAGAAUGAUGAGAAAUAUCAAGGUGGCAGCAGCGGCAGCCUCGUUGCCACCCAGUGCCGAGGAAGGGAAAGGAGCAGCAGGGGUAGCUGUCAAGAAGGAAACAAUGGAUCUCUCCAAGAAAAUGCGUUCCUUUCUUGAGGAACAGGAAGCCACAGUUAUGGCCACCAUCACUGCCUGCCAGAAGGCUCAAUCUCAGCUGGACGAGUAUCAGAAAUCGCUGACAAACUGGGGUGAGCGGCAGCAGCAGCUGGAGGACAGGCUCCAGGGACUGAUGGACCAGAGCAAGAGUGCCAGGGAGCUUGUGCAGCAGGAAGGGUCCCGUGCAGCAGCUAUGGGGGAGGAAGUGAAGAGGGGGGAGCAAGGGCUGCAUAAUGUACUGGAGACAUUGCGCACUCCAGCAACAGAUCAAGAAGCAGGUGUGGCAGUGGCUGAGGUGUUUCGUUGCAUUGGUGAGGCAGAGCAGAUGGUGGAGGAGUGCCAACAGUGUUUCCCUGAUGCCAGUACCAUCACUGUUGUCAGGAAGGUGAGAGAGGCAUCAAGUGCAGCUGCCCAGGCUAUCCAGGCAGCUCUGGAAACUCAUCAUAUUGUUAUUAAAGAAGAGGUCCAUCCUCAGUCAGACCCAGAAGAACCCAGGCCCCAGGCAGACCUGGACUUCACCAUCUUGGACAGAGUGCAGCUCAUUAUGAUGCUGAGCUGGAAGCAAGCUGAGGACCUUCGCAGCCUGACACAGCCCAACAGGACCCUGCUGCAGGAUGGCCUGGUGUUUGCUGUCCACCAGGUGGAAGAUCAGCGCCGUCAUGCAAAAAUAAGCUUUGAAGACGGUCGACUCUACCUCCAUGCUCUGAGGGAGCAUCCCCAGCCACUGGGUAUGGCUACCCUGCAGAUGAGCGAGUUUGUGCCGCCCUCCCCUCCCUGCACUGUGUUCCUGGACCUGUCCUGGCCGGGCAGUGCACCACGGCAGGUUCAAAUACACCUGAGUCAAGACACUCCGUGGGGCAGACAGUUAGUAAUGUUGUGCACAGGGCAACACGGCCCCUCCUACAUCAACACUUUGUCAGCAAAGGUGAGAAACAAGGGGCAGACAGGAGAGUGGAUGAGUUUUGGGGAUGGUUUUGGUGCAUCUGACCUACUGCCUGAGCUUGAUGUGGGUAAGUACAAGACAUCAGGCAAGGCUGGGGCUGUGUUUUGGCUGGUGGAUGAGGAACACUGGAAUGCGUGUGGUCAGUUUGGCAUCUUCACACGGGACUGUCAGUGUAAGUGUGAGUCGACUCGUGUCUUCGGUGAGGUGGUGGACGGACUGCACGUGGUGGCCGAAGCAGCCCAACACAGCAACAUUAAGGAGGUGACUGUGGUGGACUGUGGUAUUGUGUUGAGAGAUUAAUGGGAUACACCACCACAGCAAGAUUAUGGAGGGGACUGUGGUGAACUGUGGCAUGGUGUUGAGAGGGUAAUGGACUAUGCCACCACCACCACCACAGCAAGAUUAUGGAGGGGACUGUGGUGGACUGUGGCAUGGUGUUGAGAGGGUAAUGGACUAUGCCACCACCACCACCACAGCAAGAUUAUGGAGGGGACUGUGGUGGACUGUGGCAUGGUGUUGAGAGGGUAAUGGACCACCACCACCACCACCACCAUCAUCAUCAUCAUCAUCAUCAUCAUCACCACCACCACCACAGCAACAGCAUGAAAUGAGUGUAGUGGAAGUGGUUUUCUUAGUAUUCUUUAUUUCUUUUAACAUCCACAAAAUACUCUUGUUUGCAUUACAUAAUUACUUUAUCUGAUGUGUUACCUAAUUUCUCGCUCUAUUAUUGUAGCAUCUUGUAACAUCCCUUCACUAAUUUUUGUCAACUCACGUUUGAUGAUAUCCAAUCUUAUAAUCGUCCCUUCCAGCUUGUUUGCCUGACUACUGAAAUGAAUCUGUAGAUCAACCGUUUAGGAUUAAAAUAUUAUAAGAAAUGAGAAAUACAGGAAGUAGUCAUGUGGUGAUGAAUGUAUUAAAGUACAAACAUAAUGCAUGGACAUUUUUCUUCUUAUAAAUUGUUAUCCACUUAGCAUAUGAGUGUUAUUGUUUAAUGUUAUAGCAUUUCUUAACCUUUAAAAGAUGGAUAUUGUUUUAACCGAAUGGUCUCAGGAUAUGGGAAAAAACAGCUGCGAUUUUUGUUGUUGUUUAUUCACAUUGUAUGAAGCGUCUUAAGGGGAAAGUCCGCCGUGGACUAAAAUUGCAUCUAUGGUCAUGAAUGAUUUAUAUGUUGGAUAUAUUAGUACCUUUGUUAUCAUAUGAAAAUUUCAAGCUGAUCAGAUGAAAUGAAACAUUAAGAAAAUUAUUUUUUGUUGUUUUAUGAAAAUUUAGAAUUAAUUUUUCUCAGACAUUUUUUUACGGACUUUCCUGUGAUACGCACAUCUGAUAGUUCAUUGUUAUUCUAACAAUUUGUCAAGAUGUUUUUUUUUUUUCAACUUUUUGUUAAUCUAAAAAAAAAAAAAAUUUUGAAAUUCAUUUUGGAAAAGUUUUCCAUAUAUCGAAACUGCCGUUUAAAAAAAAAAAUCUUGUCAAAUUUUCGUACGAUACAUGAUCUUGUAUGUCCUAAAGUUUCAUGAAAAUCGUGCAGAAAAUAAAUGCAAAAAAUAAGGUUAUGUUAAUUUUGUACUAGUUUUGAGAAAAAUGCGAUUAAAGUUUUGCUAAAGUUCUUCAGCUCAGUGAAGGUACUAUAUUGUCAAUGCCACUUUCAUAUGAAUUUUAUGGGAUCAGUAAUUACAUAUCAGUGAGUGCAUAAAAGAAUCAGGCACCUUGUCCCGCCUUAUAAAGGUAUUAAUCACUCAAAGGUGGGGGUGUCAGGGCGUGCCAUGCCCCUAAUUGUUGCAAGGUUCGAUCAGUACUCUCCAGGUGCAUAGCUAUCGGUUGGAAUUUCUUUGUCUGUCUUCCUCUUCUUCUGUAUUGUCUUCGGUGAAAUUCUUCUCUUUAUCUCUCAUUUCUAAUCCUUUUUCUAUGUAUUCAUUUGUUCCAAUCAUUUUUGUGAGCAGGUUGCACUUUUCAUAUCCAUAAUUAUGUUCCAAAACUGUUACCUGGGUUACAAACUUCACCCUGAAGAUUGCUGCAUGUUUGAUUAUCCAACAUUCAUUCCAGCUAAUGCGCAGCAGUCAGCAUGCCACGCCCACACAGUAGCCAUUUAAAUUCCCUCGCUAUUGGCAUUUAAAUUUAUGUUGACAAAAAAAUUCUACCAUUCAAAAGCCAAAGGAUAGGGUGUUGCCAUAGACCAUAAAACUCAAUUUCAUAUUUAAAAAAAAAAAUUCAUAUUUUCAUGGCGGACUCUCCCCUUAACUCACUGAACACAGCGGUGAAAUCCAAAUUGUGAUACGUUGUGUAACAGUCAUGCUAGCGGAUGUGAAGUGUAGCCAGGGUGUGAGCUGCCGGCAUCAAACACUGCUCUGGGCAGCUUGGGGCGAGCCGUCGCCAAGGACACACAACAUGUCAACACAGGCUGGCCACGGUAGCGGCAUGCGUCACACUUCCUCCGUCUCACAACUGAAGGUCAAUAAUAUGAAUUGCUCUUUACACUGAAAUAGUUUAGACAACAUCUACUUUACUCACUUACUUUCAGUCCUCCUCAGAGCUGGCUGUUUCAGUUGAGGGAACACAUGCCUUUCGUGUAGCCUUCUUACCCUGCACUGCUGUCAUGGAAGCACUUCCUGGGCCAAAGUGCAGUACAGAUAGUGAAGUAACAUCAUCACGCUCUAAGUCACUCGCACUACUGCUGUCACUACUCACAAUGUUUUCAUCACUGUUAUCCUUGUACUCAGAUUUAUCUUCACUCUAUCCUGUCCUUUUCUCCCGAUGCAUCACUGUGUUUCCCUGUGUUUUCUUAUCUUAGGUUCCAGGGCUGCUCAGUGAGGACUAAUGAUCUUAUUUCAAAUCCACGUGGGUCAGACAUGCUGCCGGACAACUCGGCAAGUCACAGAACCCACCAAAUUUGAUCUAAAGUUUUUUCUAAACAUUCAAAUUAAUGGCACGAAAGAGUCUGAUUAAAUAAAUGAUGGCCAUCUGUGUGGACCAUGCCAUGUUUGAUUAAAUAAACAAUGGUCGUCUGUGUGGACCAUGCCAUGUUUGAUUAAAUAAACAUUGGCCAUCUGUGUGGACCAUGCCAUGUUUGAUUAACCCUAGAUUACUAUCGUUGUCCGGAAUCCCGGCAUGGGGGGUUAAUUUGCGUCGCAGAAGGAAAUCUGUUAGACGUACAGUGCUGUACAGCCAUGACAUCUCAGUUAGCAUUCUGCCCUUGGUGCGUGAGGUACAUUUGUGUUUUUCCCGUGCUUAAUUCCUGAACUAUUCCCAAUUGUCCAGAAUUCCGGACAACGAUAGUAAUUAUGCCAUAUCAAGUAUAAUGCAGGCAAUAGGGCUUCCGAAGCUAAAACAUUUGGGGGACGUGUGAACUCCACAUGUGGCACAUUUCAACACAAUCAGCCAACACUGCCUGGCAGUGGUUCCUUCAUCAGGGAAAAGUAGCAUUUUUUUAAAGUUUCACAUCUUUUUUGUUUAUUUUUUUCGUAAUGUUAUUUUUGGGUAAUAUGUUAAGUUUAUAGGUCAUAGAAUUAAGAAUGUAUUCUUGUUUAAGUAAAAAUUUGGUAAUCAAAAUUUGUACCAUUCCUAUAUGUGUUUUAAAGCCCGCAAAGUUUGUCUGGAAUUCCAGAGAUCGAUAGUAACCACAUUAGUCCGACAACGAUAGUAAUCUAGGGUUAAAUAAAGAAUGGCCAUCUGUGUGGACCAUGCCAUGUUUGAUUGAAUAAACAGGUACAAUAACA